UAACCGUACACGUACCGGUUUAUCGUUGCCGACCUGGGCGGAUAAAUGUCCAAAGUAACAGAACGUGCCGCUCCUCACGUCAUCCGAUGACAGUGCCAGUAACUCUGAACGUCGGAGGUGUUCUAUACACGACAUCCCGGACGACCUUGACCCUGUUCGGUGAUUCUAUGCUCGGCAGGAUGUUUAGCGGAGACUGGGAGACCGCUCAUGAUUCCGAAGGUAGAUGUUUUAUAGACCGAGAUGGACAUCUCUUCAGACACGUUCUGAAUUUUCUGCGGACGGGGAAGCUAAUUAUCCCAGAGGAUUUCCCAGAACUACUCCAGCUGAAAUCUGAGGCUGAUUUCUACCAGAUCGAGGCCCUCAUUGAGGUUGUGGAAGCAGAAAUCGUCCGACGGGCGCUCCUCAGACCGGAACCGGAAGUACCCCAGAGGGAACAGAGACAUUAUUACCUGGAUGUGGUGGAGAUCACAACCAUAUCGGGGCGUCGGUGGGCACAUGUGAGAAAAUACUAAUACUCUGUGGUAAUGUGGAGGUGAUCAAAUGUCUACCUAUUGAUGGCCAGAUCUACAGAAACUUGCUUUACCUGUUUACAACGCGUGAUGGCAGCCAGCGGAACAAUCCGGCGUAUAAGAGCUACGGCGUGUUCAACAACGUCAACUGUGUUUCCAGCGGCGAGUCCACGCAGAUCUUCCUCAAAACUUUCCGCAGUCAGGCCAACAGUAACAGCCCGUCAUGCGCACUACGCACGAAUCGCUCGGACCUGGCGGAUAUACUUCUCGCCAAGAACUGUACAUUGGUCACAUCUUCUUCACGCUUCACAAAAACCCACAAAGAAACAUCAGAGUUUCAGUGCAGUGAUAAAUGGAAAAUACCAGAGUCAAGCCUCCAACAGUUGGCUAAUCUCCCUAAACUAUGACCACCGACUUAUUAUGGAUAAAUAAGUGUCUAAAAUGAAAUUCAUUCCAGUAAAAAUAUUUCAUUAUUUAGGUACCUAUUUAUUCCACCAUACAUAGACAGGAAUGCCUGUUCAUUGUUUACCACACUGAUCUCCAAUAUGGGGUAUCGGACUGUCAUACAGCUUUUCAAAUCUGCCUUAAAACCCUAACACUGACCUACGUGUGAUAUGUUAAGCUUAAAGCACGCUUAGCAAAUGUAACGAUUAUCAGAAUUAAACCGCAUGUAUACAUGUAGUAAUACUUGGACAUUGUGGUCGAGCGUAAAUGUCGCAUCAUU